AUGGCUCCAGCACAGGCGUCUGCGCGCCCUCAAAGUCUAUCGACAUUGCUUGAGACUUUGAAUACAUGUCUGUCUACAACUGCCUCCUCUCUACCCAAGCCACACAAGGAUGCGCCUUCCGAUGUCACGAUUGAGCCCCCUCAAGACGGCAUCUCUCUCCUCGACACCAAGAGCGAAAUUCUCCUCUCCUACUUGCAAAAUCUCGUAUUCCUAAUUAUUUUCCAACUGCGAAAUGUGUCAGCGAAACAAACCACGAAAGAGAAGAGUCAAUCUACGGAAAGCUCCCUCGAAGAUGAUAUUCACAAGAAGUUGAUUGAGCUUCGGGUAUUCCUCGAGCGUGGUGUUCGUCCUUUGGAAGGACGUUUGAAGUACCAGGUGGACAAGGUUAUCAAGGCUGCAGAGGAUGCGGAGCGGACAGAGAAGGCCCAGCCGACCAAGACCACGAAGACCCGCAAAGUCGCCACAUCCGACAGCGAAGCCUCAUCGGAUGAGGACGAAGAUUCUAGCGAUAGCGAGGAUGAAGAGGAUAUUGAUGAAAUGGCGUACCGACCUAAUGUCUCUGCCUUCGCCAAGGGAGUGGCCGAGAAGAAGAAGGCCCAGCCCUCCAAGGGAGCCGCUGCGGAAGGACCUGGAGACGGCAUUUAUCGCCCCCCCGAGAAUCAUGCCGACUUCUUUGCCUACGACGGAGCUGCUGAAAUGUCGUCUGCGCCCAUGGCUGAGCCCAGUAUUGGUAGCACAAUUAUUGAUGGUGGCCGAACUGUCAAGUCGAAGAAGGACCGAGAGCGCGAGGCAGAGCGUACCACCUACGAAGAGACCAACUUUGUCCGAUUGCCAAAGCAGACUAAGAAGGAAUUGGCCAAAAAGGGCUUCGGAAAAGAUGGUACAUACGGUGGUGAUGAAUGGAAGGGUCUCAACGAAGGCGCGGAUAACAUUGAACGCCUCACCCGGAAGUCCAAGAGCAGUGGAGCCGCACUCGAGAAGAGUCGGAAGCGAGUCCGUAACGAGGACGGGCAACGUGGUGAUGGUGUGGGCAUGGGCCAGAUCUUCGACAAGCGACGAAAGAAGGUCGAUACUUGGAAGCGGUAA